GGAGCCAAGGCUCAAAUGAAGCGUGAGCGUAAUGCCAAACAGAAUCAAAAGAAGGACGGUGCAUCUCAAUUGAAAGCUAAUGCUGCUGCCAAAAACAUCAUUUGCAAGACUUGUUUCCAAACUUUUCUUUGCACAUCUCGUGAAAAGGCUUUAACUGAACAUGCUCAAAACAAGCAUAACAAGACGAUGAAGGAAUGCUUCCCUGGUAAGUUUACUGUUAGUUGUCAAUUACAGUGCUUUAACAAGUAUAUACUAGAUUAUGUUCCUCCCAGUUAA